ACGCGCGUGCAAAUAGUUUACUCCAGUUCCGCCAUCACAAAUGAAAACAAGGUUGAUACAAAAUUCUAGACGAAAACGAGCCAAGAUGGAGCUAUAACAGAAAGCGUACACAGUACACCCGUGCAAACUACUUUGCACUUCUACAACCAUGGCUACCAGAAAUGUCCCCCCUUUCGCUCUACCAACGAGCCACCAAGGCCCUGGCAUACAACAGACGAUCAUCAAUUUCCAAAUUGAACCCGAUAAUUUGAGUAGAGAGGAUGAGUUCCCCAGUGAGCAUGUACGCAAGUUUGGAGGAGUGGGGCUUCGGCCUGCCCGCUCCAAGCAGCAAUGAUGAGAAGAUUGGUAUUGAGGUGGUGGGAGGAGACGAGACGCGGUUGCGGGGGGAGGUGGAGGAAAACUAUGCCACUGACCUGUCGUACAGCAUGGAGCUGUUCCAGGACCUAGGAAACCUGGCGGCCGACGAUGGCUUCUUGACGGACCUGUUCGAAGCGGACCUGAUGCCCUGCUACUCGGCUGCCGGUUUCCUUGACGACGACGACACGGUCGCCGUGGAGACGCCGCCCCCCGACGCCGCGCCACCUGCGCGCGACGACGACGACGACAACGCCGCAGAGGACGGACACGCGCUACUCCUCGAAGCUCUCGCGUCCAGCCUCCUCCCCGCCGCGUCCCCUCCCCCGUCGCCCCUCGCCGGCGACGACUCGUUCGAGUUCCCGACGCCCCCGGAAACCCCGCCGCCGCCGAACUCUUGA